AUGUCGGUCGGCUUCAUUCUUGACGCAACGGCCAGUCCUCUCACCAACCGUGAUGUGCCAGCGACACACAAGCUCCACGAACGGCAUGCGCCUCACUGGGGACAGAAAUGGACCAAGCGCAACAAGGUGGGCGCAGACGUAGUUUUGCCAAUGCGCAUUGGCUUGAAGCAGUCCAAUCUGGAUGUGGGACAUGAUAAGUUGAUGGACAUUUCCAACCCGACUUCCCCUAACUAUGGAAAGCAUAUGAGCGACGACGAGGUGGUCAAGCUGUUUGCUCCGCAGCAGACCAGCGUAGCGACGGUGACGGAGUGGCUUGUCAUGUCCGGGCUCUCGGCGGAGCGCAUUGGCCAGUCAGCAAACAAACAGUGGAUUCAAUUUGAUGCAACAGCGGCCGAGGUGGAGGAGCUCCUCUUUGCCGACUUCUAUAUCUGGGAGCACGUGGAUGGAAGCCACGACCUGUCUACCGAGGCCUACUAUAUCCCGACCCAUGUGUCGGAACACAUUGAUUACCUGACUCCGGGCAUCAGACUCCGUCCCCGGGAGAAGACAGGGAAGAACAAGAACAGGAAGCGCAGCAGCGAUUUCCGAGACAUUGUGAAGCCUAUGAUCACUCAGCUCCCCGCCUUUCCCAAUCCCAAUUCGACCACGUGUUCAAUUUACGUCACAGCCGACUGUACCAGAGUCCAAUACAGCAUUCCCAAUGGGACGACCGAAGUACCGGGCAACGAGCUUGGCAUAUUCGAAAGCCUAGACGACCACUACAGUAAGGCCGAUCUCGAUGUUUUCUGGAAAACCCUUUAUCCGUAUAUGAAAGUGCCUAGUGGAACGUACCCCGAGGAACGGCUGGUGGACGGUGCCAUCGGAGCCGUUGAGGAACCUUCGCCUGUCUACCCGUUGGAGGUAGGGCUCGAGUCUUCUUUGGACUUUGAUUCAGCUUGGCCCCUGAUCUGGCCGCAGAAGACGGUGCUGUACCAGGUCGAUGACGAGUACUACGAAUAUACAGGCAACUUUAGUGGAUUUUGGAAUACCUUCCUCGACGCCAUCGACGGCAGCUACUGCUCAUACAGCGCGUACGGUGAAAAAGGCGAUUGCACCGCGCCCGAGUGUGCCGAUCCCGUCUACCCAGACCCCAACCCAGGAGGAUUCAAGGGCAAGCUGCAGUGCGGCGUGUACAAACCGACCAACGUCAUCUCCAUCUCGUACGCAGGAGGGGAGCCCUACUUUCCGGACGCAUAUAUGAAGCGCCAAUGCAAUGAGUGGAUGAAGCUAAGCCUCAAGGGAAUUUCUAUUGUCAUGUCAUCGGGUGACGAUGGGGUGGGGGCUGAUGGAACCUGUCCUACCGACGCUAAGGGCAAUGAAGUCUUCCUACCGCUCUAUGGCAGUACCUGCCCCUAUAUUCUGUCCGUUGGCAGCACCGAGUGGGACCGCUUUACCAACUCGACGCCACCUAAGCCUUGGGAAAAGCUCCACGAGGUGGCCACUCAGCGCUUCCCUAGCGGCGGCGGCUUUAGCAAUAUUUUCGCCACCCCGAGCUACCAGCACUCGGCCGUCUAUCAGUAUCUGGACCGCGUCGGAAAAUUGCUCCCCUUCACUGGUUACAGCCAAUUCGUCAAAGAUGGCGACUUCUCCAGUGUCAAGCAGGGUGUCUAUAAUCGAAUCGGUCGUGCCUACCCCGACGUAGGUGCCGUGGGUGAUCGUCAGGUCCUAUAUGCCGGCGGCUCCUGGUGGUUGGUCGGCGGCACUUCGUUAUCUGCCCCUGUCUGGGGUGCCGUCUUGACCCUCGUUAACGAGCAACGCCUUAAGACCGGCAAGAGCACCGUCGGAUUUAUUCACCCCAUUUUGUACAAUCAUCCCGAGGUCUUUACGGAUAUUAUCCAGGGUAGCAACCCCGGGUGUAACACCACCGGCUUCCCAGCUGCUGCUGGCUGGGAUCCUGUCACUGGGCUCGGGUCUCCCAACUUCCCCGAGCUACUGAAACUUUUGAUGAGCUUAUAG